AUUGCACCCAUCACGUAGUCUAAUUAUGCAUUCAUAAUGUCAAAGACAGAGGUGAAGGGAGCUCGCAGACACUUUGUGUGAUACUGGAGAGACACAAAAUGCUGAAGAUCCUAAUUUCCCUACAUUGUAAAGUGUUUCUACCACCUGUUGACCAUCUGUGAGGUACAGUCUAAUGGCCAAGUUGGACUACCAGCUUCUCUUGGUAUUCUACAUCCUCACCUUCUUGAUCGGCCUUCCUGCCAACAUCCUAGCAUUCUUUACCUUCUGUCGAAAAGUUUACCGCAAACCCACCCCUAUUGACAUUCUCCUGCUAAACCUGACAAUAUCUGACCUCAUCUUCCUCGCAGUCCUGCCAUUUAAGAUGAAGGAGGCCAUUGACAGCUUCAACUGGAGCCUUCCCUAUUACCUGUGCUCCAUUAGCAGUUUCCUUUUCUUCUCCACCAUCUACACCAGCACACUAUUUCUGACUGCGAUAAGCAUAGAACGCUAUCUCGGCGUCGCGUUUCCGAUCCGAUACGCUUUAGGUCGCCGACCACGCAACGCUGUGAUUGCAAGCUGCCUCCUCUGGCUUCUAGGAUCUCUCAACCUCAGCAUCGUGUACAUUGUGCCAUACAUAAACUCAGCUGACAACUCAAGCAACAGCAAGCUACAGCCCAAUCCCCACGUGAGAAUUUGCUAUGAUAAUUUCACCAAAGAGCAGCUGAACAUUCUACUUCCUGUUCGUCUGGAGCUUUUUCUCGUGCUUUUCUGUGUACCCUUCCUCAUCUGCUGCUUUUGCUACAUAAACUUCAUUCGAAUUCUCUCCAAUCUGCCCCAUCUGGGAAGACGUCGUAGACUCAGGGCUAUUGGGCUUGCAGUUGGGACGCUGUUGGUUUUCACCAUCUCUUUCAGCCCCUAUAACAUCUCACACGUGGUUGGUUUCAUCCACGAAAAUAGCGAGGAGUGGCGUCACUUGGCUUUAAUCUCGAGCACUCUAAACGCCUGUUUGGACCCCAUCAUCUUUUACUUUUCCUCGGCUGCCGUUCGCUGUGCGAUACGAACAUGUGUUAAUGGUCUAAAAGAGAAAAUGCACAUUGUAACAUACAGAAGAUGCUGUCCUGCUGGCCCUUCCAAAUCUGAGGCCUACAGGGAGACAAACCCACCUGUUGACCUGGGGUGAGCACCGAGCCACAGAGAGUAUUUUAUUUCAUUUAGGCCUAUAGAAAGUGUUGUGUGAGU